AUGGGUUCUGAUGAUGAGUUUGCCGGUGGUCCUGCUUGGCCUUCUGUGGAGGUGGAGGUGGGGGGAAGAGAACGGGGAGGGGGAGGGGACGCGGGGGUGGGGGUGGAGGUUGGGGGAAGGGAAGACGGGGAGGGGAAAAGGGGGGAGGGGGACGGCAACGGCGGCGUUGGUGGCGGUGUUGGUGGUGGUGCUGGUGGCGGUGCUGGUGUUGGUGGUGCUGUGGGUGGAGGCUGUGGCGGUGAUGUUGGUGUUGGUGGUGGUGGUGGUGGAGCAUGUAAUUGUGUUGGUAGUGGUUCACUUGAUACUAUUGAUAAGUAUUGA